CGUGUAUACUUGAAAAAAGCUUGUUUGUUUUCAUCGCUGUAUUUAUAAAUUUAAAAUAUUGUUCAGAAACCUCAUUCCUUUAAAAUAUUGUUUGUAUUUGUUUAAUAACUAUCCCGCAAUGGGUGUGGUGAGCAUUCACCAGUUUCCCAUUCCUGAAGGUAAAAGUGGGCAACAAGCUACAGAAAUACUUCAAAAACGAUUGGAAACCAUUGGGGCUAUCAAAACAGGCACUUUCUGUGUGGAAUGUGAAACUUAUUACGCUGCUCCUCAUAUCAGUCCAAACAGAGCAGUUAAUAUAAUACAUAACAGUGAACAUCCUGCAACAGGUUUUGCCCUUCUGGAUACAGGUACUUGUUUAAUGGCCGAUUCCCAUUUUGACAUGCUUAUGGCCAAAAUGGCUGGGAUAUAUAUACCAAAAAAGGCCAUAAAAAUUGAAUCUAAAGGUCCUCGUUAUGAAGUACAAGAUUUUGUUAUAAAAAUUGGAAGUGUUUCCAUUGGACCCAGUUUUCGAGGAAUAUUAGUUGAAGUAGAAUAUACACCCUGUGUUAUUCCACUAAGUUGUUGGGACUUAAUGAGAGAACUUCUACAGGGUUUCAUGGGAAACAGUGUACAAUGUCCAUCACAGUAUUUACAAGGGAAGAUGAAUGAAAUUUAUUCUCCCAUUGAUACAGUGCAGCAAUACAUGGAACAUUUCAAUAUUUUUCGAAGAGCACCUUCUGGCGUGAGGUGACAACAAACUAAUUAUUGUUUUUUAAUAAAUAUACAAAUAUAACAGUA